AUGUCUAUGUUCACCAUGUCUCAACAUCAAUACACCUACCCGCCUGCUGCCCCGGCACCCAGGGCCUAUUCAGGUCACGGCACAAGCAGCGCAUUCAGUAGCUCUGCCAACCCGGACGAGGACUGGACCAAGAUCUCCGACCUCGCUGAACGCCGGAGGAUCCAGAACCGCAUCGCUCAGCGCAACUAUCGCAAGAAGCUCAAGAGACGCCUCGAGGACCUCGAGAGACGCGCAGGACAGGAAGGCUCGACCGUCACCACUGAGAAGCAGACGCAGCCAAAGAGUGCUAAGCGCCAGUCGCAAUCCUCCACCAAGACGCAAAAGACGCCGAUUCCAACCAAGACCAUGAAUCAGGGCCAAUUUACCCCCCCAAUGCACACCGAUGACGAGCUUCUCUUCGCGCAAACUUACGAAGACGGUCGUGAAAGAUCAAACACUCCGCCUCUUUUCGCCUAUUCGACUUACCCUCCCCCUGAAGAGAUGCUCCUGGCUCCUUCGUACACAACUCAGCCUUACCCCAUGACAACUGCAGAGGUCUACCCUAGUUACUUGGCCGCAGCGGUGCCGGUAACGCUACCCCCAAUGAACCAUUUCAACGAUGCCAUCAAGCGCGAAUCCUACUCCAGCGACGAUGGCCUCUCCCCCUACGUGAACUACGGCUAUAUUUCCGGCGUCGACAUGAACGCAACUGGCUCCUACGACCCCUCGAACCCUGAUGAUCUCCAGGCAUGA